GCGCCCCGCGCAGCCCCCGCGCUGCCCCGCGGAUGCUCUUCAUGCCGCAGCCGCCCCCAGGCGAAGCCCGGAGCCCCCCGCUGCCCCUCCUGACCCCCGGCCGGCCGUGAAAUGCUCCAGGAGAAAAGCCUGUCUGAAACCGAGGAAGGGUUUCCAACAGCCCCCGCGCCCGGCCAUGCGGACUCCUCCGCCGGCUCCCCCGUCCUGGGCGUAGCCGGGGGGAGCAGCUCGCCGCUCAGCAGCCCGCAGCUCCCCGACCCCGAGCAGACAAUAGAAAAUAUCAAAGUCUAUCUCCAUGAGAAGGAGCUAUGGAAGAAGUUUCAUGAAGCUGGCACCGAAAUGAUAAUAACCAAAGCAGGCAGGAGGAUGUUUCCUAGUUACAAGGUUAAAGUGACUGGAAUGAACCCCAAGACCAAGUACAUCCUGUUGAUCGACAUCGUCCCGGCUGACGACCACCGGUAUAAAUUCUGUGACAAUAAAUGGAUGGUGGCUGGGAAGGCAGAGCCAGCCAUGCCGGGGCGCCUCUACGUCCACCCCGACUCACCGGCCACGGGAGCCCACUGGAUGCGGCAGCUGGUGUCCUUCCAGAAGCUGAAGCUCACCAACAACCACCUGGAUCCCUUUGGACAUAUCAUUCUUAAUUCAAUGCAUAAAUACCAACCCCGACUGCAUAUCGUGAAGGCAGACGAGAACAACGCUUUUGGGUCGAAGAACACAGCCUUCUGCACCCACGUUUUCCCAGAGACGUCCUUCAUAUCAGUGACCUCCUACCAGAAUCACAAGAUAACCCAGCUGAAAAUUGAGAAUAACCCCUUUGCCAAGGGGUUCAGGGGGAGCGACGACAGCGACCUGCGCGUGGCGCGGCUGCAGAGCAAAGAAUAUCCAGUGAUUUCCAAAAGCAUCAUGAGGCAGAGGUUGGUGUCCAGUCACGGCCAGCUUUCAACAAAGCCAGAUGUUAACCCACUUCAUGGGAAUCACCAGACCCUUCAACAUUAUCAGUAUGAGAACGGUGCUCACAUGCAAUUUGCAGCUUCAGAUACUCAAGAUCUGCCACUCAACACCUUCACAGCGCAGAGAGAUUCAGGGCUCUUCUAUCAUUGCCUGAAAAGAAGAGAAAGUGCUCGGCACCUGGACCUGCCCUGCAAACGCUCCUACCUGGAAGCCUCCUCUUCUGUAGGAGACGAUCACUAUUUCCGUUCCCCACCUCCGUAUGACCAGCAGAUGUUGAGCCCUUCCUACUGCAGCGAGGUGGCCCCGAGGGAAGCCUGCAUGUACUCUAGUUCUGGGGCUGAAAUUGCCGGUGUCUCAACGGUUGAUGACCUGCCACCUCCACCUCCCCCCUUGAGCUGCAAUAUGUGGACUUCUGUCGCACCUUACACCAGCUACAGCGUUCAGACAAUGGAAACUGUCCCUUACCAGCCUUUCCCUGCUCAUUUUACUGCCACCACCAUGAUGCCGCGGCUCCCGGCCAUCACGGGUCAAGGCUCACAGCCACCAGGUAACAGCCACUUCAGUGUCUACAACCAGUUGUCCCAGUCUCAGGUUCGGGAGCGCGUCCCUUCUUCAUCUUUCCCGAGGGAAAGGGUGCACCCCUCUAUGUGUGAGAGGAAACCCCCCUCUCCGCACCUAAACGCGGCCAACGAAUUCCUCUACUCCCAAAGCUUCUCCUUGGCCAGGGAGUCGUCGCUGCCGUAUCAUUCAGGGAUGGGGACUGUGGAGAACUGGACUGAUGGAUGACUCUGAGGGCCAAGAGAUGCCACAGCCAACGUUACUGCCCCAGAACAGUGUUCAAUCGGUGUCGCUACCUGUGGGUAACUUGCACUUCCGUGAGACACACGUGCAUUUCCAGAGGGAUUUGUGUGGGUGAAGAGCUCAUAUCUUCAGACACACAGAGAGUUACAUCUCCUGUCUUGGUGGGCUGGAUUCAUCAGUCUCUUCCUGACUCCCAAUAAAUUCAUUCUUGUGUCUUUAUUACUGAUCCAGUAGACACCAUCUUCACGAUGUGAAGUAGUUAGUAAUUUUCUUUUGCUUGUAAUAUUAAACACCUGUAAGCAAAUUUUGGCUAUUUGGGAAAAAUAGGAGCUUCACUCUUACGGUACUUGGUUCGUGAAGUCACAGCAUCCCAAAAGUCCAAGGAAAAGGCAAUCUGUUCAGCUGUGUAGUUCAAGGACUGCUGUAGCAGCACUUUUUUGCUCUUUUUAUCUGUAGAAAUUCCUUCUUCCUCUG